GCGGACGGGAAGGUCGCGCGUUUCUCCAGCAGAAGAAGCUCAGUCCACAGCUCAAAGCUCUGUUCACCUUUGCCUUACACAGCUCUCAUUCCCCUACUCUCCCUCAUUUGGUGUGCGUAGCACAGUCCCCUAAUUCUUCCUCUUUCAAAGAACUGUUGUUGUUCUCUGUUUUAUAGCCAUACCCUACGAUUAUCAUGGAGCCCUACGACGACGGAUUUAUUGAGGAGCAGGAAGAACAGGAGGAGGAGCGCACUGAGGAGAAGGUCAUUAAUGAGGAAUACAAAACAUGGAAGAAGAAUGCGCCUUUCCUAUAUGACAUGAUUCUUAGUACUGCAUUAGAAUGGCCCACUCUUACAACACAAUGGUUACCCGAUAAACAAGAUAUUCCCGACAAGCCGUACUCAACUCAUCGACUGCUGCUUGGCACACACACUUCAAGUGAUGCGCAAAACUAUCUACAGAUUGCUCACGUGCAACUUCCCAAUCCCUCUGCUCCCAAUGCGGACGAUUAUGACGAGGAGCGCGGGGAGAUUGGUGGCUAUGGCGGCAGCUCUAAAAAGGCCCCGAUGGAAAUCAAGUUCAACAUCGUCCAGAAGAUUGACCAUAAAGGUGAAGUAAACAAGGCACGGUAUCAGCCUCAAAAUCCCAAUGUAAUUGCCACCAUGUGCACGGAUGGAAGGGUUAUGAUCUGGGAUCGUUCGAAACACCCUAGUCUACCUACAGGCACAGUGAACCCUCAAAUGGAGCUUCUAGGCCACACAAAAGAAGGAUUUGGUCUCAGCUGGAGCCCGCAUACCACAGGCCAUCUCGUCACUGGUAGUGAAGACAGGACUGUUCGACUCUGGGAUUUAACGACGUACACGAAAGGUAAUAAGGCACUGAAGCCAACCCGUACAUACACCCAUCAUUCGUCGAUUGUCAAUGAUGUUCAAUACCAUCCACUCCAUUCUUCUCUCAUUGGCACAGUGUCCGAUGAUAUUACUCUCCAAAUUCUUGACAUUCGAGAACCAGAAACAACCCGUGCAGCAGCUUCUGCGGAAGGUCAGCACCGCGAUGCAAUCAACGCAAUUGCCUUCAACCCAGCUGCAGAAACAGUCCUCGCUACUGGAUCGGCUGAUAAAUCUAUCGGUCUUUGGGAUCUGCGUAACCUCAAGGCCAAGCUACACACGCUUGAGUGCCAUACCGACUCCGUCACUUCACUUUCUUGGCAUCCGUUCGAGGAGGCUGUGCUGGCAAGUGCAAGCUAUGAUCGUAAGAUCAUGUUCUGGGAUCUCAGCCGAGCUGGCGAGGAACAAACACCCGAUGACGCACAGGACGGACCCCCUGAGCUCCUCUUCAUGCAUGGUGGCCACACCAACCGUAUCUCUGAUUUCAGCUGGAACCUUAACGACCCAUGGGCUCUCUGUUCUGCCGCCGAAGACAAUUUGUUGCAGGUAUGGAAGGUUGCUGAUGCCAUUGUUGGCAAGGACUUGGAGGAUGUACCAACCGAAGAAUUGGAGGCCUAAUUAAUUCCUUGUCGAUAAUCGAUCUUUUGGGGGGUUUCAUUACUCUAUGCAGCUAUAACCUGCGACCUUGUAUAAGCGUUGCAGACAAAUCGAAAAUAUCAGAAAGAUUAUGGGAGCUUGCGUCUGUACCGAUAGCCACAACCAGAAUAUGAAGAUUAAAGAGCAAUGCAACAAUAUGACCUGCGAUUCAGCGUCUGGAUCCAAUAUGAUGGAUUUCCACUCCAUCACUCGACUCAUUGAUAUCUUAGCCCAUUGGUGGUGCUGACGUUAGGUUUCUCUUACUUCCGGUACACUCUUAGAUCCUGGGAAUUGGGAGAAUAGUAUUUGGCCCUCUAGUCUGCUAUUAGACCAGUACUCUUAGUGAAACUUCUGUGCAUUGGGAAGGCCUCAGUAACUCAUGAAACGGCGAUUCUCAUCCCAAUAACGUUCGGUUGACUGUCUCAAACAUCUGGAUUAUAGCACUAUGGCUGUGCAUGGUAAAUGAUAAAUGAAAAACAAGGUCCACCAUGUAUUAUUUGGCAUCACCCUUCAGUGGGGCACUUUAGGGUCCG